GACUUUUCAUGAGGAACACUGUUCAGGAGCACAGUGCAUUUCGAUUUGCUGUACAGUUAUACAACACAAACCAAAAUACCACAGAAAAGCCCUUCCAUUUGAACUAUCAUGUAGAUCACUUGGACUCUUCAAACAGUUUUUCAGUGACAAAUGCUUUCUGUUCACAGUUUUCCAGAGGAGUUUAUGCCAUCUUUGGAUUCUAUGACCAGAUGUCAAUGAACACACUGACGUCAUUUUGUGGAGCCCUUCACACAUCCUUCGUCACACCCAGCUUCCCAACAGAUGCAGAUGUGCAGUUUGUCAUCCAGAUGCGGCCAGCAUUAAAAGGAGCCAUCUUGAGUCUCUUGACUUAUUAUAAAUGGGAAAAGUUUGUGUACCUCUAUGACACAGAACGGGGAUUUUCCAUUCUUCAGGCGAUUAUGGAAGCAGCAGUCCAGAACAACUGGCAAGUGACAGCCAGAUCUGUAGGAAACAUAAAGGAUGUUCAAGAGUUCAGAAGAAUUAUAGAGGAGAUGGACAGACGGCAAGAAAAAAGAUACUUAAUUGACUGUGAAGUAGACAGAAUCAACACCAUUUUGGAACAGGUUGUAAUCCUUGGCAAACAUUCUAGAGGCUAUCACUACAUGUUAGCUAACCUGGGUUUCACCGACAUUGUUCUGGAGAGAGUAAUGCACGGAGGUGCCAAUGUUACAGGAUUCCAGAUUGUUAAUAAUGAAAACCCAAUGGUUCAACAGUUUCUACAACGCUGGGUGAGGCUCGAUGAAAGGGAAUUCCCUGAAGCCAAAAACUCACCAUUAAAGUAUACAUCUGCGCUGACCCAUGAUGCAGUCCUAGUCAUAGCAGAGGCUUUCCGUUACCUCCGAAGACAGCGUGUGGAUGUCUCCAGGAGAGGUAGUGCUGGAGACUGCCUGGCUAACCCUGCAGUACCGUGGAGCCAAGGAAUUGAUAUAGAAAGAGCGCUGAAAAUGGUACAAGUUCAAGGAAUGACAGGGAACAUCCAGUUUGACACCUAUGGGCGGAGAACAAAUUACACAAUUGAUGUGUACGAAAUGAAAGCUGCUGGAUCACGAAAGGCUGGUUAUUGGAAUGAGUAUGAAAGAUUUGUGCCAGCAUUAGAUCAGCUGCCCUCUAAUGACACUUCAUCUGUGGAGAACAGAACUAUAGUAGUCACUACCAUCUUGGAAUCACCAUAUGUAAUGUAUAAGAAAAACCAUGAACAACUAGAAGGGAAUGAGAGAUAUGAAGGAUAUUGUGUAGACUUAGCUUCUGAAAUAGCAAAACAUGUUGGAAUAAAAUACAAACUGUCAAUUGUUGGAGAUGGGAAAUAUGGAGCUAGGGACCCUGAGACUAAGAUAUGGAAUGGCAUGGUGGGUGAACUGGUCUAUGGGAGAGCAGAUAUAGCUGUUGCUCCCCUCACCAUAACAUUGGUACGAGAAGAAGUCAUAGACUUUUCCAAACCCUUUAUGAGCCUGGGCAUCUCCAUCAUGAUCAAGAAGCCUCAGAAAUCUAAACCUGGCGUAUUCUCUUUCCUGGAUCCUUUGGCUUAUGAAAUUUGGAUGUGUAUAGUCUUUGCUUACAUUGGCGUCAGCGUAGUUCUUUUCCUAGUCAGCAGAUUCAGCCCUUACGAAUGGCACUUGGAAGACAGCAGUGAAGAACCACGUGACCCUCAGAAUCCUCCCGACCCUCCAAAUGAGUUUGGAAUAUUUAACAGCCUUUGGUUUUCCCUGGGUGCCUUUAUGCAGCAAGGAUGCGAUAUUUCUCCAAGAUCUCUCUCAGGGCGAAUUGUCGGAGGAGUCUGGUGGUUCUUCACUCUCAUCAUUAUCUCUUCCUACACUGCUAAUCUUGCUGCCUUCCUUACGGUGGAAAGGAUGGUUUCUCCCAUAGAGAGUGCAGAGGACCUGGCUAAACAAACCGAAAUAGCCUAUGGCACUUUGGAUUCAGGCUCAACCAAAGAAUUCUUUAGAAGGUCAAAAAUAGCCGUCUACGAGAAAAUGUGGUCAUAUAUGAAGUCGGCUGAGCCCUCCGUGUUCACCAAGACAACGGCAGACGGGGUGGCGAGGGUGCGGAAGUCGAAGGGGAAGUUUGCCUUCCUGCUGGAGUCGACGAUGAACGAAUACAUCGAGCAGCGCAAGCCCUGCGACACCAUGAAAGUUGGCGGCAACCUGGAUUCCAAGGGCUAUGGUGUAGCAACCCCCAAAGGCUCAGCAUUAAGAAAUGCUGUUAACCUGGCAGUAUUAAAACUGAAUGAGCAAGGCCUCUUGGACAAAUUGAAAAACAAAUGGUGGUACGACAAAGGAGAGUGCGGCAGCGGGGGAGGUGACUCCAAGAACUCCUGUAAACCUUGCAGUAUUGAAACUCAGUGAACAAGGCAUCUUAGACAAGCUGAAAAACAAAUGGUGGUACGAUAAGGGUGAAUGUGGAGCCAAGGACUCCGGAAGUAAGGACAAGACGAGCGCUCUCAGCCUGAGCAAUGUUGCCGGGGUUUUCUAUAUCCUUGUCGGAGGCCUCGGGCUCGCCAUGAUGGUGGCCCUGAUCGAGUUCUGCUACAAGUCUCGGGCUGAGUCCAAGCGAAUGAAACUCACCAAGAACACGCAAAACUUCAAACCUGCUCCUGCCACCAACACCCAGAAUUACGCUACGUACAGAGAAGGCUACAAUGUGUACGGCACAGAAAGUGUGAAAAUCUAGGGAUCCUCACCCUGAGAGCAUGCAAGAGAAGAAGCAGCAGAGAAUGUGGCUACUUCACGGAUUUGGACCACCUGAGCCAGUCAUACUCUCUCCGAGGUGUCGGGCAUGACACGCAUUGAUGAUGGUGCAAUGUACUUUUAAUAGGAAAAACUGAUAUUUUUUCCUUCAGUGCCUUAUGGAAGACUCUGAGACUCACAACAAUGCAAACCAUCACCGAAAUAUUCUUGCUUAGCUUGAAAGAAG